CUAAAGUUUUGCAGAUCGAUCAUACGACAUUUACUCCCAACCAUGAUCACCACUCGCGUGAUCUGCUGGAUCGUGUUAACGUGGCUCAAACUUGGGAUGCAGUUGUGCUACGGACAGUGUGUUGGCAGCAUAUUCUAUAGUACUUGUUCCAUCCCUAUCGUAAAUAUGACUACAGACGGAGGUGCCAGGCUACGGAAAGCAUUUGAAGCAGCUCAACAAGUGCGCAUUCAGAAGAUGAUCGUGUCCAUCAGUCCUUCGGGACCGUUUCUGCAAAGGUUUGCCAGCUUUGUAGAUAGCGUAUCAUAUUUAAACUACCGAGAAGCCACCUUUCAAGUACCGGACGGUAACACUAUCAGUGUAUUUACCAUUUGGUCUGCUCCAGGGAUGCGUGCUUUUAUAGCUGGAUCGAAUACGCACAUUGAGUUCUUGGGGAUUUUGCAAUGUUCAUUGGAUCGUGUGCCACAGACGCUUCCCAAAAUGACCAAGUUAAAAAUACUUUCCAUAAGACAAUGUAAGUUAACGGUACUGCGACUGGAUAUGCUGGCAGACAAUCAGAUCCUGAAAACCCUGGAUCUAUCCUAUAAUCAAAUACGACAACUGCUUCCAAUCCCCGAAAGGCCCGCGAGGAUGUUAAGUAUUGAAACACUGGCACUUACAGGCAAUCUACUACAACAUCUUGAUAUGACUGAUUUCAAAUUCAUGCCUCAAUUAUUGAAACUUCAUGUUGGGGGAAAUUUGAUUGUUAGUUUUAAGGCAUUGUUACCCAUCACAAUGAAAAAUCUUAUCGAAUUUUCGCUGGAAACUAACAAAAUUACAGCACUUGAUCUAAGAAAUUUAACACUGCCCAAACUUGAAUUCCUCGGUUUGUCUGGAAACACUCUUACACGGUUGCCAUUCCUUCCUAGAUCACUACCUAAAUUGAACUCCUUAUCACUAAUGUCCAACAAUCUAACCCAGUUGGAUUUGAGCUAUUUCCGACCAUAUCCAAAUCUCAACAAAAUUGAUAUUUCGUACAAUCAAAUCACCUCCGUACUCACCUCCUCCCCUGUACGGCUAUCUGUUAGCACCCUUGAUUUACGUUAUAACCAGAUCACCACAUUCAACCUGACUGGAUGCGAUACGCCUAACAUAACCUUGCUGCUUCUCGGUCAAAAUCGCCUUACGGUAUUUCCUCCUGUUUAUGAAAAGUAUCCAAACAUUCGCCUUUCAAUUGACUUUAAUUUGCUUUUUUGCGACACUUUGCUGUACUAUAAGGACAAAAUUCAAAAAUACGACCUUAUAGUAGAACCCGAACGUGAUUCACCUACAUGUAGUAAAACAUACUCCUUGCAAGUGAAACAAAUACAGGAAUGUUGUGGCAAGUGAUACACUAUAAUGCUGUUAUCGAGGCUGCUGUUCUAUCGACAUGUUACA